UGCACCGCUACUGUCACAACAACACGUCGCCAUUUCACGGAUGGGUGGUCAGCUGAAACUCCCGCAAAGUAAUUUACGUCACCGGAGAUAUAGCACAACACACGAACAUUAUCUAAAAGGAAACUGUAAAUGUGGCGAUAUUUGGCUCGGGUGAAUGAGUUGUUCAAGUGCCGGCCGAGGUUGAAGUUGCCAGUGAUCGGAUUUUUUCACGUCAACAGCUAGCCAGCUGUCAAGUGUAAACAUAAGGAUGAAGAGGGUGAAAGGAGAUGAGGACGCCUGCAGCUCUUCCAGCGAGGGCCCAACCGAGUCCUGCAAGAAGGUGCGGAAGCUACAGCCAAGCAAAGAGAAGUAUCAAGAGGAGGAGGAAGAAGAAGAGACUGAUGUAGAUCUCUGUGAGUUUGGCUUCGACUGGGCACUGCUCCCUCAGGAGAUCCUGCUCAACAUCUUCCAAUUCCUGCCUCUUCUGGACCGGGCGUAUGCCUCGCAAGUGUGCCGUGGCUGGAACCAAGCUUUCCACAUGCCCGAGCUAUGGAGGUGCUUUGAGUUUGAACUGAACCAGCCUGCCAGUUCUUACCUGAAGGCGACACACCCAGACCUAAUCAAACAGAUCAUCAAGAGGCAUUCGAACCACCUGCAGUAUGUCAGCUUCAAAGUGGACAGCAGCACGGAAUCUGCAGAGGCAGCCUGUGACAUUCUCUCCCAGCUGGUGAACUGUUCACUAAAGACACUAGGGCUCAUCUCUACGGCCAGACCCAGCUUCAUGGAGUUGCCCAAGUCUCAUUUCAUCUCGGCCCUGACGGUGGUGUUUGUCAACUCCAAGUCCCUGUCAUCUCUGAAGAUCGACGACACACCGGUGGAUGACCCGUCCCUGAAGGUCCUGGUGGCCAACAACAGCGACACGCUGAGGAUGUUGAAGAUGAGCAGCUGCCCUCAUGUCUCCCCUGCAGGUAUUCUGUGUGUGGCGGACCAGUGCCAUGGCCUGAGGGAGCUGGCGCUGAACUACCACCUGCUGAGUGACGAGCUCUUAUUAGCCCUCUCCUCUGAGAAACACGUGCACCUGGAGCAUCUCCGCAUUGAUGUGGUCAGCGAGAACCCCGGGCAGCACUUCCACACCAUCAGGAAGUCCAGCUGGGACGCUAUGCUGCGCCACUCGCCCAAGUUCAACCUGGUCAUGUACUUCUUCCUCUACGAGGACGAGUUUGGCCCCUUCUUCAGGGAGGAAGUCCCCAUCACCCACCUCUACUUUGGUCGCUCAGUCAGUAAGGAUGUGCUGGGCCGCGUGGGGCUCCACUGCCCCCGGCUGGUGGAGUUGGUGGUGUGCGCCAAUGGGCUGCGGCCGCUGGACGAGGAGCUAAUCCGCAUCGCCAAACGCUGCACCCAGCUGUCGGCCAUUGGCCUUGGGGAGUGUGAGGUGUCGUGCAGCGCGUUCGUGGAAUUUGUGAAGAUGUGCGGUCGGAGGUUGUCCCAGCUGUCCAUCAUGGAGGAGGUGCUGAUUCCUGACCAUAAGUACAACCUGGAUGAAAUCCACUGGGAGGUGUCAAAGCACCUCGGCCGUGUCUGGUUCCCCGACAUGAUGCCCACCUGGUAGAGCUGUUGAAGGGGGCUGUGGAUUUACUGUACAGAGUUUGACAUACUUUUCUCUUUUUUCCCACCUUGAAACUCUGUCCGAAGUGUCCAUGUUGGCAGCGAAGGAACAACCGAAGAUAAUCGUGUUCUACUUAAAAUGCGAAUUUUUCAGGGAUGCGAUUUUUCCUGAUUAAUCAGGAAUUCCUACUUUUCUCAAUGUAUACUCCAUUCCUAUACACUGAACAAAAAAUAUAAACGCAACAUGUAAAGUGUUGUUUCAUGAGCUGAAAUAAAAGAUCCCAGAAAUGUUCCAAAUGCAUAAAAAGCUUAUUUCUCUCAAAUUUUGUGCACAAAUUUGUUUAGAUCCCUGUUAGUGAGUAUUUAUGCUUUGCCAAGAUAAUCCAUCCACUUGAUAGGUGUGGCAUAUCAAGAAGCUAAUUAACCUGUCUGGGAAUAGGUGUGGCAUAUCAAGAAGCUAAUUAACCUAUCAGGUGGAUGGAUUAUCUAUAACCCCUCGCCCAACAGCCAAUGAAAUUGCAGCGCACCAAAUACAAAUCUGCAAAAAUCUAAUAAAUACAAUUUCUCAAACAUACAAGUAUUAGGCACCAUUUUAAAUAUAAAAUUUUAAUUAAUCCAGCCACAGUGUCUGAUUUCAAAAAUGCUUUACAGCGAAAGCUCCACAAACGAUUGUUAGGUCACCACGAAGUCACAGAGGAGUCACAAAAAGCACAAAUAUAGAGAACCUUUGAUCUUCAUCAGAUGACACUCAUAGGACUUCAUGUUGCACAAUACAUGUAUGUUUUGGUCGAUAAAGUGCAUAUUUAUAUCCAAAAAUCUCAUUUUACAUUGGCUUGUUAUGCUAAGUUGUUCCAAAACAUGCAGUGAUUUUUCAGAGAGCCACAUCAAUUCACAGAAAUACUCAUUAUAAAUGUUGAUGAAAAUUCAAGUGUUAUGCAUGAAAUUUUAGAUCCUCUUAUCCUUAAUGCAACCACUGUGUCAGAUUUCAAAAAAACUUUACGGAAAAAGCAUAAUCUGAGUACGCCACUCAGAGCCCAAAACAGCCAAAAGAAAUAUCCGCCAUGUUGCGCAGUCAACAUUUAGUCAUAAAUAGCAUUAUAAAUAUUCACUUACCUUUGAUGAUCUUCAUCAUAAUGCACUCCCAGGAAUCCCAGUUCCACAAUAAAUGUUUGAUUUGUUCCAUAAAGUUCAUCAUUUAUGUCCAUAUACCUCCUUUUGUUAAGGCGUUUGGUUAACAAAUCCAAAACGCGCGUGCAGGUCCAGCCGAACGUCGGACGAAAAGUUUCAAGAAGUUAUUUAACAGCUCGUAUAGAAUCAAUCUUUAUGAUGUUUUUAUCAUAAAUGUUCCAACCGGAGAAUUCCAUUGUCUGUAGAAAAGCAAUGGAACGAGAGCUACCUCAUGUGAAUGCGUGUGACUGAGAUCGAGGCUGCUGGCCGACCUCUGAAUAAUCCCCUCUCAUUCGGCCCCCCUUCACAGUAGAAGCCUCAAACAGGUUUCUAAAGACGGUUGACAUCUAGUGGAAGCCUUAGGAAGUGCAACAACCAAUAUCUCACUGUGUAUUCGAUAGGGGCUGAGUUCAAAAACUACAAUCCUCAGAUUUCCCACUUCCUGUUUGGAUUUUUUGUCAGGUUUUUGCCUGCCAUAUGAGUUCUGUUAUACUCACAGACAUCAUUCAAACAGUUUUAGAAACUUCAGAGCGUUAUCUAUCCAAUACUAUAAAUAAAGAAUAUGCAUAUAUUAGCAUCUGGGACUGAGUAGGAGGCAGUUUACUCUCUGCACGCUUUUCAUCCAAAAGUGCAAAUGCUGCCCCCUAUCCCAAAGAAGUUAUUAAACAGCAUGGCCAUUACAUAGGUGCACCUUGUGCUGAGGACAAAUGGCCACUCUCUAAUGCCACAGUAAACUUAGGGUUAGGUUAGGGGUAGGGUUGAGUAAGCGUGCAAUUAGCAUGCUUGACUGCAAGAAUAUCCACCAGACCUAUUGCCAGAGAAUGUUAUGUUUAUUUCCCUACUGGCAACUGCCUCCAAUCUGGUUUUAGAGAUCAGUACACAAUUCCUGGAAGCUGAAAACUUCCCAGUUCUUCCAUGGCUUUAAUUUAAAAAAAAAAUAUAUAUAUAUAUAUAUUUUACACGUAUCUGUGACCAACAGAUUCAUAUCUGUAUUCCCAGUCACGUGAAAUCCAUAGAUUAGGACUUAAUGAAUUUAUUUAAAUUGACAUAUUUCCUUAUAUGAACUGUAACUCGGUAUAACCCUUGAAAUUGUUGUAUUUAUCUUUGUUCAGUAUAUUUAAAACUGACCUGUCCCCUAGAGCUCAGACAAAACUGAUUUUCAGAUUGUCUAUUGAUCACAUGAAAUGUAUUAAGUUCUUAUUAUGGGAUGUUUUGCGUCAACAUGUCGUCUAGUUUUCCAAACUCUGUACUGUAUGGCUUUGUGGUAGAGGAGCACACCCCUCCUCAGGCGUAAGAGGCUACACUGGUCAGGGACACAGGGUGGAGUUUUUUGUUUUUUUGGUUAACUCAUGGUACAGACAGUUAUGCUAUGGCUGAUUUUUAUUGAAAUAGCGCAUCUGUUAGAAAACACCAAACCUGUUUUGACCAGGGUUGUAGCCCCUGCUGCCCACAGCAGCCACCACUACACAGUACUGCAGCACACCUUCUUAAGAAGAGGUAGCCUAGAUGUUGCCCCAAUUGUCCUGAGUAGUGUACUAUGAGGCCAGCUAUACUGAACAAAAAUAUAAACAACAUGCAACAAUUUAAAAAAAAAAAUUCUGAGUUACCAGUCAUAUAAUCUUUAAAUAAAGUGGGCCCUAAUCUAUGGAUUUCACAUGACUGGGCAGGGUUGCAGCCAUGGGUGGGCCUGGGCCCACCCAAUCAGAAUGAGCGGGCAGCACAGUUGCGGGAUUGAGGCUUGCAAACACGCUCCCUCAACUUGAGACAUUUGUGGUGUUGUGUGACAAAACGUGGCCUUUUAUUGUCCCCAGCACAAGGUGCACCUGUGUAAUGAUCAUGCUGUUUAAUCAGCUACUUGAUAUGCCACACCUGUCAGGUGGAUGGAUUAUUUUGACAAAGGAGAAAUGCUCACUAAUGGGGAUCUAAACAAAUUUGGGCACAAAAUUUGAGGGAAAUAAGCUUGUGCGUAUAGAACAUUUCUGGGAUCUUUUAUUUCAGCUCAUGAAACAUAAGACCAACACUUUACAUGUUGCGUUUAUAUUUUUGUUCAGUAUAGAUCUACUCAGGCUUUUAUAAAGCUAACCAGCUUCAGUUAGCUUCACAUUCCAGGUCCGGCUUCAUCCAUACUACGAUUGCUUGUCCACCUGCCGCUAACUCUAGCAGGCUUGUAACUGCCCAUGGUUAGUCAAACUCUUCAUUGAGACAAUGCUGAAAUGUCCAUCAGUGCCACAUUUUAAUUUGUGCCGAAAUCAAAAUGAAAGAAAAGUUAUCUGGGAAAUUCAGCAGGCAUGAAAUAGGCUUUUAGAAGUGUCUUUGGUGUGCUUAUCACUGUACGAGCAUCUUUUUCCCCACUCCUUUCGCUCCUUCUAUCUGUGGAACAGCUUGUUGCAUUGCGGCCAUAGACAUAAUCCAUUUUGAACCUCUAACCCUGGCAAUAUGACUGUUAAACUCAUGGGUGCAAUGGUUUCCAGUCUUGACUUGAAUGGGAACAGCCAUCUAUGGAUUAUAUGACUAUGGUUGGUUGCAGCUGUCAGUUUGCCUUUCACAAAUGUCUAAAUACAAUCUCGUGAAAAACGGACAUUUUGGAAAUGCUGUCAUUACUGAAUGUGUAAGGUAUUUUUUUAUCAGUCUUCCUCAAAUGAAGGGGGUGAUGACACAAACUUUGUGAGAGGGAGGGUAUCUAAUUUCAUUGGUCCUCAACUCAUGGCUCAGACGCUCCUUAUACGCCCAUUGGACAAUCAAUACAAAGACCAUUAAAAGGUGGAGAGAGGACUGGAAGCCAGUGUGUUUUAAAAGUGUAAAUUGGGUCACUGGCUUUUAGUCUGGCUAUGAUAUUCUGUCCUCUGAGAAAUGUUGCGAUUUUGUUUUGUAUGUCGGUUUUCGAUCACUUUUAACGGUUUGUGGAGGUGGGGAGGGAAAGGGGGAUUCCUUGUCAGUUGUACAACUGAAUGCAUUCAACUGAAAUGUCUUCCAGAUUUAGAAGCUGCAUGUUGUGAGGUAUGCUACCCGACACUACAACAGAAGAAGAUAAAAGAUAAAGGCUAAGAAUUGGACAGGAACUCUGCACUUUUUGCAACAAAUAGUUUGUGUUUGAGUAAUUUCAGUUGCCACAAUUGUUUGUGUAUUUAACAGAUGAAAGGGUGAUUCAAAAUAAUCUGAAUCUAAAAUUAUAUCAGACAUUUCACACUAAGGGCAAUCGGGGAUGUGAAGCUACUUGUACUCAUUCAUGCUGCACCUAUAUGGACUGGUAACUUUUAGAUAUAUUCUCAGUUGUCGAUCCUGACCGGUUUCCCAGAAUGGAAUUUCCUUGGGACUAUUCUAAUCUAGAACAUCAAGGGUGAAAUCAGGUUAUUGAAUGCAGCAAAUUAGUUUAUCACUAGCUAGUGCCAGACUAGGCAUGUCUUCUGGUCCAGUGAAUUUAGUUACUGGCUGUUUACUGGGUAGCCAAAGCGUAGGUGAGGAUGAGUACAAAAGAAAGCAAAACCUGAAAACCUUGAAGUGUUCAGUGAAGGUUUCCUGGGCGUUCAGUGAAGGUGUACAGUUUGUAUAUAUAUAUAUAUAUAUAUAUAUCCCUGUCAGAUUCACAAAUCCUUAAUUUCAGUUUAGAAAUGGUUUCUGGAGGUUAGUUAUCGUUGUAAGUAGAGGUUGACUGAUUAUGAUUUUUAACACCGAUACCGAUUAUUGGAGGACCCAAAAAAGCCGAUACCGAUUUAAUCGGCCUAUUUUUAUAUAUAUAUUUUUUUUAAAUGUAUUUUUAAUAAUGACAAUUACAACAAUACUGAAUGAACACUUAUUUUAACUUAAUAUAAUACAUCAAUAAAAAUCCAUUUAGCCUCAAAUAAAUAAUGAAACAUGUUUAAAUAAUGCAAAAACAAAGUGUUGGAGAAGAAAGUAAAAGUGCAAUAUGUGCCAUGUAAGAAAGCUAUCGUUUAAGUUCCUUGCUCAGAACAUGAAAACAUAUGAAAGCUGGUGGUUCCUUUGAACGAGUCUUCAAUAUUCCCAGGUAAGACGUUUUAGGUUGUAGUUAUUAUAGGACUAUUUCUCUCUAUACCAUUUGUAUUUCAUAUACCUUUGACUAUUGGAUGUUCUUAUAGGCACUUUAGUAUUGCCAGUGUAACAGUACAGCUUCCGUCCCUCUCCUCGCCCCUACCUGGGCUCGAACCAGCAACACAACGACAACAGCCACCCUCGAAGCAGCGUUACCCAUGUAGAGCAAGGGGAACAACUACUUCAAGUCUCAGAGCGAGUGACGUUUGAAACGCUAUUAGCGCGCACCCCGCUAACUAGCUAACACCAGCCUAAUCUCGGGAGUUGAUAGGCUUGAAGUCAUAAACAGCGCAAUUACUUGAAGCACAGUGAAGAGCUGAUGGCAAAACACAUGAAAGUACUGUUUGAAUGAAUGUUUACGAGGCUGCUGCUGCCUACCAUCGCUCAGUCAGACUGCUCUAUCAAAUCAUAGACUUAAUUCUAACAUAAUAAUACGAGCCUUAGGUUAUUAAUAUGGUCGAAUCCAGAAACUAUCAUCUCAAAAACAAGACGUUUAUUCUUUAUUCUUAUUCUAUAGUGAAAUACGGAACCGUUACGUAUUUUAUCUAACGGGUGGCAUCCAUACGUCUAAAUAUUCCUGUUACAUUGCACAACCUUCAAUGUUAUGUCAUAAUUAUGUAAAAUUCUGGCAAAUUAGGCGGCCCAAACUGUUGCAUAUACACUGACUCUGCGUGCAAUGAACGCAAGAGAAGUGACACAAUUUCACCUGGUUAAUAUUGCCUGCUAACCUGGAUUUCUUUGAGCUAAAUAUGCAGGUUUAAAAAUAUAUACUUCUGUGUAUUGAUUUUAAGAAAUGCAUUGAUGUUUAUGGUUAGGUACACAUUAGAGCGACGACAGUCCUUUUUCACAAAUACGCACCGCAUCGAUUAUAUGCAACGCAGGACACGCUAGAUAAACUAGUAAUAUCAUCAACCAUGUGUAGUUAACUAGUGAUUAUGAUUGAUUGUUUUUUAUAAGAUAAGUUUAAUGUUAGCUAGCAACUUACCUUGGCUUACUGCAUUUGCGUAACAGGCAGGCUCCUCGUGGAGUGCAAUGUAAUCAGGUGGUUAGAGCGUUGGACUAGUUAACUGUAAGGCUGCAAGAUUGACAAGGUGAAACUCUGUCGUUCUACCCCUGAACAAGGCAGUUAACCCACCGUUCCUAGGCCGUCAUUGAAAAUAAGAAUGUGUUCUUAACUGACUUGCCUAGUUAAAUAAAGAUUAAAUAAAUGUGUUAAAAAUAUAUAUAUAUAUUAAUUGGCCAAAUCGGUGUCCAAAAAAUACAAAUUGUUAUGAAAACUUGAAAUCGGCCCGAUUAAUCGGUCGACCUCUAGUUGUAAGCACCUUAAAUGUAUACCAAAAUUAUAAAGAGUUGGCCUACUAGUUGGGAGAAAGUGACUGGUUGGAAGAAUGAAGCCUGUUGAUUUAGUGGGUUGUAACAUUUCCUAGAUAUCAGUUGUUGGACUAUUUUGGGUUUUUGUCACCAUGCCCCAACAUAAGUCAUUUAUUUUCAUACAGAAAACAAAACGUGUUGCCACACGUUCAUCAUGGAAUGUCUCCUUUUGCUAACAUUUUCUCAUUUGAACCGUACAGAUCGCAAAGCAUUUUUUUCCCACCCCAAAUUUGAGGUUUAGGGUUCUGGUGUGAUAUGUACCUACCAUUACAAUUUUAUCAAGCAAUACAUGGGAAAUAAAUAAAUAUAGUUUAAUACAUUACAUAUAUACAAAAAUGUGUAAAUAUGGAUAUUUAUAUAUUGUAGAAAUAAAAUAACUUUGUUAGAAGUGUUUGGAGUGAGAUAAGAGGGUUGGUCUGGUGAUCCAUCUGUUUUGAUGUAGCUAGCGAGAGUGAUUCAGGUGCACAUUUAGUUUUUGAAUGUGAUCACACAAGCGUGGAUUAAUGAUUUAAUUGGUAUUUUCUGCUAUUUGUUUUAGAUUUUAAUCCUUGGCUUUCUGUUAUGGAUGCCUGUCCCUCCAUUCAUGUAACUUGCUGUCUAGCGUGAGUGAUUGCAUCAUACCGAGAGGAGAGAGAAGUUUUUAUGGCAUAACCUUAAACAGUACAGUAUACGCAAUACAGUACCAUUAUUGACUGUUUACCAUUUACUGUUCAGUAUGAGAUAAGGAAGUCCCAAUGUGUCUCUAUAUAAAAUGCUGUGUGUUUGAUAUGAACAUAACUAAUUUCUCCUGUCAGGGUUUUAUAGUUUCCUUAAAAACCAGUGGAUCAUGUAUUGUACAGUUGAAGUUGGAAGUUUACAUACACUCAGGUUGGAGUCAUUAAAACUCGUUUUUCAACCACCCCAUACAUUUCUUGUUAACAAACUAUAGUUUUGGCAAGUCAGUUAGGACAUCUACUUUGUGCAUGACACAAGUCAUUUUUCCAACAAUUGUUUACACACAUUAUUUCACUUUUAAUUCACUGUAUCAGAAUUCCAGUGGGUCAGAAGUUUACAUACACUAAGUUGACUGUGCUUUUAAACAGCUUGGAAAAUUCCAGAAAAUGAUGUCAUGGCUUUAGAAGCUUCUGAUAGGCUAACUGCACAUAGAGACAAAGAUUGUACUUUUUGGAGAAAUUACCUCUGGUCUGAUGAAACAAAAAUAGAACUGUUUGGCCACAAUGACCAUUAUGUUUGGAGGAGAAAGGGGGAGGCUUGCAAGCCGAAGAACACCAUCCCAACCGUGAAGCACGAGGGUGGCAGCAUCAUGUUGUGGGGGUGCUUUGCUACAGGAGGGACUGGUGCACUUCGCAAAAUAGAUGGCGUUAUGAGACAGGAAAAUUAAGUGGAUAUAUUGAAGCAACAUCUCAAGACAUCAGUCAGGAAGUUUAUAAUUUAAAGCUUGGUUGUAAAUGGGUCUUCCAAAUGGACAAUGACCCCAAGCAUACUUCCAAAGUUGUGGCAAAAUGGCUUAAGGACAACAAAGUCAAGGUAUUGGAGUAGCCAUCACAAAGCCCUGACCUCAAUCCUAUAGUAAAUGUGUGGGCAGAACUGAAAAGGCGUGUGCGAGCAAGGAGGCCUACAAACCUGACUAAGUUACACCAGCUCUGUCAGGAGGAUUGGGCCAAAAUUCACCCAACUUAUUGUGGGAAGCUUGUGGAAGACUACACGAAACGUUUGACCCGAGUUAAACAAUUUAAAAGGCAAAACUAGCAAAUACUAAUUGAGUGUAUGCAAACUUUUGACCCACUAGAAAUGUGAUGAAAGAAAUAAAAGCUGAAAUAAACCAUUCUCUACUAUUGUUCUGACAUUUCACAUUCUUAAAAUAAAAUGGUGAUCCUAACUGACCUAAGUCAGGGAAUUUUUACUAGGAUUAAAUGUCAGGAAUUGUGAAAAACUGAGUUUAAAUGUAUUUAGCUAAGGUGUAUGUAAACUUUGACUUCAACUGUAUAUGCGAGAGUACGAGAGUUAUCGUUUGCUAGAUGGUUUCCAUGUAAUUUAUUAAAUAGUUUGUUCUAUGAUAUUAUGGGUCAGUUUUACAGGCACAGAUUAAGCAGAUUUUUUUUGUUGCAUGCUUUGUAGUCCAGGACUAGUUUUAAUCUCUGUCUGAGAAAGCAUCCCCCAAUGUGUACAGUUAGUUGAAUGCAGAGCAUCAAAGGGUUUUGGUGUAAACUCUCAGAAGGGUCUGGUAGCAUGAGUCAUGAUUUUAAAUUGAUACUUGGCAAUGAAGCCACUUAUCAACUUCCCCACUAGCUAACGCUAGUUAGCAACUUUCUGCAGAGACACAAAUAUGGUAUCCGCAAGUUCAUCUUGACCCUGGGGAGGUAUACUGAUCAAAAAUAUAAAUGCAACAAUUUCAAAGAUUUUACUGAGUCAGUCAAUCAGUCAACAGAAAGACAUUCAUUAGGCCCGAAUCUAUGGAUUUCACAUGACUGGGCAGGGGUGGUUACAUGUGGGCUGCGGCUGUUGAGGCCAGUUGGACGUUCUGCCAAAUUCUCUAAAACAACGUUGUAGGCGGCUUAUGAUAUAGAAAUGAAUAAGAAAUGAUCUAGCAACAGCUCUGGUGGACAUUCCUAGUCAGCAUGCCAAUUGCACACUCCCUCAACUUGAGACAUCGGUGGCAUUGUGUUGUCACAAAACGGCACAUUUUAGAGUGACCCUUUAUUGUCCACAGCAUACCUGUGUAAUGAUCAUGCUGUUUAAUCAGCUUCUUGAUAUGCCACACCUGUCAGGUGGAUGGAUUAUCUUGGCAAAGGAGAAAAGCUCACUAACAGGAUGUAAACACAUUUGAGAGAAAUAAGCUUUUUGUGAGUAUGGAACUUUUUAUGGGAUUUUUUGUUUCAGCUCAUGAAACAUGGGACCAACACUUGCGUUUAUAUUUUUUUUCAGUGGAGAUAAAGUGCUUCAUUGCUAAAAUAUUGAAACUCAUUACUCUGUGUGUAUAGACUUCUUUUCCUUCAUACAUUUGCUCUAGAACCUUUGUCUAACCAUACAAUAAAUGACAUCAACUAAAACACA